AUGAAUUAUUUACAAGAGCGUAAUAUCAAACCUAAUCGUUACUCGAGUAUCUUUGGCAAAUUCUUUGGCAAGUUCUUCGCUUCCAAAAGCUCAACACCGCCCGACUUGAAUGAAAAGCAAUCUUCAGAGCAGAUAACGCUCGGGUUUAUAGAGGCUUUUGAACGGGUGAAAAAUAUAUCGUCGGCAAAUUCUGGCACAAACAUUACAUCCGCGGUCAUCUCGUUCCCACGCUUUUUCAGCUUUGAGGUUCACAAGCUUGCCGUUGAGGCGGCGCAGAGAGCUGGCAUCUUUCCCGUUCACUCCACGAGUCCCCACCAAUUAUUUUCUAUGCUUGAAAACAUACUGGAAGAAAAUAUAACAGCUGUCAGACGAUAUGAUUACACUCCAAAGCUCCUAAUCAUCGACUAUGGCCUAUUGUAUUUCGACGUUCAGACACAUGGCAGGCGAUGUCAUCUGAAUAUUUCACUCGACUGGAUGGGCUGUAUGAACAUUAUCCACAGGCUUGUCAACAGGGUUGUGUCGACCAAUGCGGACAUACAACUGCAGCUUGAUCAAGGUGCCUCAUACAAUACUCUCAAAUCUGCCGUCUAUCGAGCACAGUACUUGAUGAAAAUGGACCGCGAUGUUGAGUCGUGGGACGAAAAAGUCUCGAAAGAAGACCGUCCGGAAAGGUGGCUCCUUGAACUGGAUGAUUGGUGGACUGGUCAGCAGAAGGACGCAUUUAUUUCCCGGGAAGAUAUCGAGUCCGCCGAAGCUGAGUAUGUCAGCGAUCUAGCAGAGCUUUUGGAUAAUCUCCUUAUUUGCCUUGAAGAGGCAAAAACCCAUGAUGAAACCGAGGCAGAUCAGUCAUAUUUGGAUUUUGACAAAAUUAUCGUUCUAGGCAACUUAUGUGAUAGGUCACUCAUCGUACGUGCCUUGAAAAAGAGUGUCGGUGAGCAUGCUAGGAUUACUGGAGGUAGCUCAGAGUCGGACGUUAUACUAGAAGCUCUAGCUGGUGCUCGUUUUGCCUUCAAGUUUCACGAAGCCGAGCUCAGGAUUCGAGAAAACAUGGAGACUCAACUUACUGGCCACGUGGAUCUCUAA